AUGAAGACCUGGAAUCACACAAAGGUGGCUGAUUUCAUCCUGCUGGGACUGGCAGAUUCCAAGGAGAUGAGGCUGGUCCUCUCCAUGCUCUUUCUCCUGAUAUACCUGAUUACUGUGCUGGGCAAUAUGGGCAUGAUAUUGCUCAUUCGCUUAGAUGUCCAGCUCCAUACUCCCAUGUAUUUCUUUCUCACCCACCUGUCAUUUCUCGACCUUAGUUAUUCAACUGUCAUCACCCCUAAAACCUUAGAGAUCCUGUUAACUUCCUCCAAGCAUAUCUCCUUCAUUAGCUGCUUCACACAGAUGUUCUUCUUUGUCCUCUUGGCUGCUACUGAAUGUUUCCUUCUCUCCUCUAUGGCUUAUGAUCGCUAUGUAGCUAUCUGCAAUCCUCUACGCUAUUCAGUUGUUAUGUCCACAAGACUCUGCUGCAUCCUUCUUAUUGAGUCCUACAUGAUUGGAACCAUGAAUUCCUCUGUUAAUUUGUUUUGUAUGAGCAGGCUGACUUUCUGUAACUCUAAUUUGAUUCAUCACUUUUUUUGUGACACAUCUCCAAUUUUAGCCCUAUCCUGCAGUGACACACAUGAUAUUGAAAUAGUGAUAUUCAUUUUUGCUGGUUUUGCCCUAAUGGUCUCCCUUAUCAUAAUAUCUGGAUCCUAUGUGUCCAUUCUAACUACCAUUUUGAAAAUCAAUUCCACUUCUGGAAAAAAAAAAGCCUUCUCCACUUGUGCAUCCCAUCUUUUGGGAGUCACCAUCUUUUAUGGCACCUUGAUCUUCACUUAUCUAAAACCAAGUAAGUCCUACUCCUUGGGAAAAGAUCAAGUGGCUUCUGUUUUUUACACUAUUGUGAUCCCCAUGCUGAAUCCACUCAUUUAUAGUCUGAGAAACAAAGAAGUGAAAAAUGCCCUGUUCAGAAUCAUACACAAGAAUGAAAGCUCAAGACAAUUAGCAUAA